AUGGCCCAGGCACACUCCCAGAUGCCAGAAAGUCUGAAGAUAUCUGAAGAAGCGUCCCUGCUGGUUCCAAUGCCUGGCCCCAAGUCAUCCUCCUCUGCAGCUCCCAAGGGCUUCGUGCAGAGCAGCCCCAGAGGGGGGAUUCAGAACCGGCCCACAGUCCUGAUCCGUGCUGUACCUUCCAAGCAACCAGUGCCCCACGCCGACAGCGGCCACCCUCCGCCUCUCCUGCCCUUUCACGGGUCGUUCCGGGUGUCCAUGAGCCAGGCCGCCCAGAGCCUCUCCCAUCUUCGAGGAGUGGAUGUUGCAAGCUGCAACUGGGGGCAUGAAGCUGCUCUCAGCGCACCCCACUCCCCAGAGAGACCCCCAGGGAAGAAGCUGUCCCUGGGCUCCGUGCCCUGCUUUCACCCCUUUCCAGAUGGAAGACUCGCAUGCAGGGAGCAGCUCAUGAUUGGCAUCGAGCAGCAGAUGCAGGAGGACCUGGUGCACCUACUGGAAGAGAAGCUGGCACAAGAGAAGCACAAACUGCACGUCAUGCGGGCAGAGCAGGCACACAAGCCCCCUUUGCAGCACCCGUACGCCCCAGAAGCGACCCUGUUAGGUCACAGCAACAGGCCGAUGAGUGAACUUCCCGUUCCGGGCCACGUCUCCAACAGGCACGGAGCCCACGGCUGCUCAGAGAGAAGUGUGGAAUAUGAGCAGUUCAGCACCACCCGUCCCCCCUACACGUAUGCUGCCCUCAUUAGUUCGGCCAUUCUAGGAUCUCCAAAGAAACAGCUCAGCUUGAGUGAGAUCUAUCACUGGUUCAGCAGGAACUUCAGCUACUACAGAUGCAACUUACCUACCUGGAAGAACGCCAUUCGACACAAUCUUAGCUUGCACAAAUGCUUCGUGCGUGUGGAGAAUGUGAAGGGAGCCGUGUGGACGGUGGAUGAGGUGGAAUACCAGAAGCAAAGAAGCCCGCAGAGGUCCGGCUACCCACCCCAACUUCCGGGCCAAGAGGCAGCUGGAAGCUCUUCCGUACCAUGGGAGGGGGGAAGAGGCCAGCUGGCCACGGACAGGAACAGUCAGCGGUGCCUGGAGUCUUCCCCGUUCCCUCAGGGCUCAUGACUCACAGGGUGGGCGCUGCCUUCCCCAUGGGGGG